AAGAAGAAGAAGAAAGAAAGAAUUGUCACAAAGAGGAGAGGAGCUGCUUCCUUCUUGGUCCAUCCCACAUUGUGUUGCUUUACCCUUGACACUCACGGAAGGAAGAUUUCUAAACAGUAGUUCUACACAGUUCUAUAAAACUUCAUAGAAAAGGCACAGUCUGCUCCAAAAACAUCAAUUUAUUUAUUGAUUAAUAACUAAAAUAGUCAGGUGUUCCAUAAAAAGCAGUUGCAGUCACUGUUGUUCAAGAAUCCUGGCUAACUCAAUCUGGAGAGGUCAGAUCUUUCCAGUGCCAAUAGGAGAGAGAGGGGGCCUCCCACUGCCUGCGCCCCCUGCUCCUCUUCCGGCCCAGUGCUGGGUGGGGAUGGACUUGCAGGUUCCUGGACAGCUCCAGGCAGGGCCCAGCUGGAGCUUGUGGGAUGAUGGAUAGCCCCACAAGGUCAGGAUCACAGACCAACCUCCCUUUCCAGCCCAGUUGAGCCGCCAGCCCAAACCACAUGCUUCCGGACCAAUACAGUCCUUGACAGGAUACCAGAACCUAGAUCAUCACCUAGCUGUUGCUCCUCCCUUUAACUGCUCCCUAUUUUUAGGGUUUCUCACCUACGCACAUACGUCUGUCCCUACCCAGGUGCAUUCAUCUGCUGGGCAACUGUAACAGUGAACCCGUCUGGUGGUUCAACAUCAGGCAUGUGUUCCUCACAACUGUGGAGACUGAAAGUCUGAGGUCAGACAGUAGUUUCUCUUGAGGCUUCUCUCCUAGGCUUUGCAGAUGGCUGCUUGCUCCUCCUGCUUCCUCAUAGUCUAAAUACAGCCAUGCACUAAAGACUUGGAUCGAUGUCAACCUGGGUCCUGGGGUGGCAGAUGCAGUCCAUCCCAUAAUACCAUGCAUGAACUCUGCAUACUUCGAAUAUAAAUUAAUUUUUCAAGAAAGAGGGAGGGCUGGCGUAUGUCAGAGAGGACAAUGCUGUCUUUCAGGGACAAUGUGUGAUGUGUGCUGGAGGCAGCCACUGAUGGGGUAUUUAAAGUCCCCCCCUGAAAUCCACCAGCCCAGUGGAAAUAAAAACCAGUGCUCCUGGGGCUCCCCUCACUUCUUCAUUACAAGUUAUCACUGACAGAAGAAGUGUAGGAUCUUCUGGCCUGGAACUUUCCAGGUGUCCAGCCCCCUCUGGUUAUUUUUACACAAGCACAUAGUUCAUUCACAUUUGCAGCUGGCACAAGGUAUGAGAAUGCCAUCCAACAAUUCUUUGCUGUGAAAUCCUAACUCCAUGGCCAACACCUACUGCUGUCUCUGGGUCUAGUUGUGGGCAAGCCCUUUUUUGCAGCCCUCUGGAGAGAUGGCAGUGUGAGUGUCCCUAGGUGUUUUCUACUUUGCUUCUUUUUUUAGAGAUGGGCUUUUAAUCACCCUGCUCAACUGGGAUGCCCAAGGAAGGCUGAGAAAGUCAAGUUCGCUGCAGUCGCUCUGUGACCUGGUUGCACAUACCAGGUCAAUACAACUCAGGCAGAAUGACAGGGACAGCUGCCUCGGUGGCGUUCAGAGGGAAUCGAGCAGUUCUGUUUGGCGGACUUGGAAACAAGUGUAUCAUUACAGCUCGACUGUUCAGAGAGAAGGCACAAACCACUCACAGAAACGAGCACAGCUCUCCUGUAGCCAGCCCAGGGCCCAUCUUGGACACGUGUGAAGCUAGACUAAGACUCUUUUGUCGAUUUUCUCCAUGCUAAAACCUCAGGGCCAAACUUAAGCCCUAUCCCUGCUUGUCACAGUCUGCCUUAAAGUAGCUGGGGCAGGACAAUCUCUCAACUGUAAAGGAGGAAGAAAAAGAAGAAAAGAGAAAAGAACAGAGAAGAGAAGAGAAGAGAAGAGACGAGAAGGGGAGAAGACAACAUGGGAGCCAGGCAAUCAAGAGCCAACUCUAAGGACAAGGACCCCAAACAGAUGACCAUCCUGGGGCGGCGACAGAAGUUUCCUGCUUGGGAUGAUACCCUGCUCUUGGGAAAGGACCCAAGGUCCCUGCUGAAGCGAGGCAUGCGCCAUGUCAGUUUUAGCUUGGUCACAAAAGGAAUGACAGACAUCCCAGACUUUCUGUGGGGCUUGUCUGAGGUCCAGAAACUCAACCUGUCCCACAAUCAGCUCCACAUUCUCCCUCCUGAAGUGGGGAAACUGACUCGGAUCGUGGUCCUGAACUUGUGUGGGAACCGUCUUAAAAGUCUCCCCAGAGAAAUCAGCCUGCUUCAGAACCUUAAAGUCCUGUUCGUCAACAUGAACUGCCUGAGCGAGGUCCCUCCCGAGCUCAGCCUGUGCCGGAACCUCGAAGUGCUGAGUCUGUCACACAACUGCCUGUCCCAGCUCCCCGCCAGCUUCACCGACCUCUCCAGACUGCGCAAGCUGAACCUCAGCAACAACUAUUUCAUACACAUCCCCAUCUGUGUGUUCUCACUGAAGGAGCUGGAUUUCUUACACGUGGGCUCCAAUCGCUUGGAAAACAUCGCCGAGAGCAUCCAGUGCCUAUCCAGCCUGCAGAUCUUCAUUGCCGAGAACAAUAACAUCCACUCCUUCCCAAGAUCCCUCUGCCUCGUCACAAGCUUGGAGCUGCUGAACUUAAACCACAACGACAUCCAGAGCCUGCCCGAUGAACUCUAUCUGCUCAGCAGACUGGGGCGGAUUGCCUGGAACCCCAUGGACAAAGGGCUCCACAUUUCUCACAACCCUCUGUCCAAGCCCUUGCCAGAGCUGGUGGAGGGGGGGCUGGAGAUGCUCUUCAGCUACCUGAAGGACAAAAAACACAACUGACACGGUCGCCAGAGGUGGACCACGAGCCAGAGUGUCUGCACUCUGCUCCAGCCUAAGCUUCCUGCUCUCACUGUGGGUGUCUGCGGAUGCUUUGCUCAUCGUCGUGAGUAUCUGUCCAUGGAAGGUUCUUGCUUGAAACUGUUUGUCUUCCAUAGCAUCAGAGAGAGCUUGCUCAUGUCAUUCUAAACAUAAGUGGAAGUAGGCUUUGGGGAAUUGCCAGAGAAUUCAUUGCUCUGAUUGUUUCAAGGAGCUGUGAGAUGCAGCCUUUGGUAGAGUGAAUAACAGGUCUGAAUUCAGUAGAAGAUUCGAGGGCCAAGCAUGUACAAAUCUGUGUGGCAUGAGGUGGGGCCCCUGAACCAGGGACUUGCCGUAAGACGGCAACAGCAAGACAGUUCCUUCAUCAGCCCGUCACAAUGAGGGACCACGGGGCAAGUGGGGCUGGGCUUGGGGCUGACAAGGCCACAGCAAGAACAGCCUUCCUGACCUUGGCAUUCUGGAGGAUGAAUCACAGCAACUUUCCCUUCAAAUGCCUGCCCCGGUAAAUAACCAGCCUGUUGAUGGUUAUGGCUGGGGUGAAAUUCCAGAUAAUAAACACAACUGUUUUUAAUACAUGGCUCCAACCUCCUUCUUCUCACCCCCAGAAGUUACCUUUCGUCUUGUUUUUGUUAUAAAUACUGUUGCUCAGUCCAGUGACCCUUUGCUAAUUCUUGCUAAUUUCCCUUCUUCUCCCUUAAUGGAUUUGCCUUCUGGCAGAUAAGCUAAACAUUGGGAGAGGAAGGAAAAUGGCCAAUAUGCAGGAAUGAGGAAAUCAGACACAAGCCACAGGAAAAAGUAAAUGCUUUCCUGAAUUUUAGGAAAAGGAGAAUGUUUGCCACUUGUUUUUCACAUGUGGA